GCCAUUGCCAUUGCAAUUGCGAUUGCUGUUGCUGCCUCUGGCGAUGAUUUUGCUGCUGGGCACGCACUUGAGUGGCGCGUCGGCUGUUGACAAGGAUGUGGCACCAGUUGGCUAUGUAAAAACGGAUUUGCUGUCAUUGGAGCAGGAAAUUGGCGGCGCUGCGGAUUCGCAGCGAAAUCUGCUUCCGGUUCGUCGAAGGCGUGGCAUCUUCUUCAGCGGCAGCAUCGGCGGAUUGCCGUUCCUCAACUGGGCCAGUGGCUAUUCUUGGGCAUAUCCUGGCUAUCCGUACAACUACUAUGGCUCACCAUCGCCUGGCUAUUAUGGUUAUGGCAGUGGCUACUAUCCCGGCUACCUGGGCUAUCAGAAAAUUAUCAUCGGUUAAUGCAGAUUUGUGAGAGAACGAAAAGACAGAGCGAAAAAUCGAUUAGAGAACCCCUUUUCAAUGUGAGAUUAUAAAUAAUGGCCAGGAAGGAGCGGCGUCGACCCUUUCGCAGUUUGUUAUUUUACUUAUUGUUGGUGCUUUUAAAUUAAUUUGCCGGACACAGGGAAAAAGUUGAGCUAAGUUGAAGAGGUGGGGCGCGUAUAAAAAAAAAAUGAAGAACAUGAAAUUGCACAAUUUAUAUUCAUUUUGCACAGAUUUUGCAUAAAUCAUUUCGCAGCGACCAAAAUGAAACGCGUAACAUAAUUUUUAACCCUUGAUAAUUUUUUAUGACAAGCAUUUUCGUUAUUUUCCCUCCGUGGGACCACCUUAUUUGUUGCUGCUGUUGUUGUUGUGGGGCCGCAGCGAAAUGCAAAUAAAGCGGAUCAAAAGUUUGCUGUUAAAAGAAGAUUAAUUGCAAUUUGGUGGCAAGACCUGAAACAUUUCGAACCCCACAACAACCCAUCGAAAAUCCGCUGCCCAAUCGGCGCGGUGGGCAAUGGGCGGUUGGUAAUUAAAUAUUUUUAAGCUGUAAAUGGUUUCCAUUUACGUGAUGCUGUUCUUAUUUUGUAUUUGCAAUCAAUAAAAUUCAUUAAACGCACAACAAU